CUUGAAGAUAUAGUUCCACAACAGGAUCAAUUUUGUCUGAACAACAAAGAUUUGAUUUCGCGCUCAAAUCGUUGUUGUACAUUUUUGGCCUGGAACCCCUGGAAGACUAAUCUCCUCGCACAGGGACUUGAACGAGGCCGAUCGAAUCGCGAACCAUCCAUUUUAAUAUGGGAUGUGGUCAACUCUACUGGCACGAGCCAAUCUGCGAACUAUUUCUUUCCACCUACUGGUUGUCCCUCAGCACCAUGUAUACCGGAGUUGGCAAACACCAAUCAUCCAGCUGAGAUGCUACUCAACUAUGGCCAGCGAAUGAAUUCAGUUUUCGGUUUAGAUAAGACUUCGAAUUCACCCGUUGCUAUGUUCUGUAACAGGCCACUCUGUGAUGCUUGCCACAACGAAAGCGUCAAUUCAUUCGCUUGGCUCUCCAAGGGAUCCUUUAUCGCAGGCGUAAUGGGAAAAUAUCUGAAAGUCUACGAUAUCUCCGGCAACGAGGGUUGGCUCGGCGUUCUGCUCGCCGAUUCGACCUUUGUCAAGGUUUUCAACGCUCAACUACCCUUCAGUCAGCCCAUGGAGGAGUCGGAACAGAGUCUUUUGGAGUUGAGAGCGAUGUCUCUUCCUGACCUAACACACUGUCUACAUCUACCCUGA